GGCUGCUCUGCGCCAUGCUCGGCCACGGGACCUGAACCUGGCCGUUCCUAGGAAUAUAUACUUGUACUUGGGUACCACCGCCUCUUUCCAGGAACUCGACAACCCUUAUCGCCACCUGGUACAACUACAUGCGCUUGAACAUCCAUACCGGUGAGCACAUCACACAAUCAAGUUGACGAAACUGUGUCAUCUUGACCGGCCAUAUUUCAAGCGGGAUACUGCAUUGAUCUGAAUCGGAUUGUCGUACUGGUGGUUGAUCCUUUGCAUUUCUAAUCAUCUCCUGCAUCAUCAUCGUCUUCACUUUGCUAUGUCCUAGCGUCCUCUUUACAACUCUCUUCUUCCUGUUCUCCUCUCCUCAUUUCAAACCAUCACAAUGGCACCCAUUGCUAUAUCCCCCGAACGAGACGGGCAGUUGGACACGCUGGCAGAUCUAACUGCCAAGUUUGACGACACCCUCCGCUUCUACCUCAACGGAACCAAAGUCGUUCUCGACGAAAUUGACCCUGAGAUAACAGUCCUAGAGUACCUGAGAGGAAUUGGACUGACAGGAACCAAGCUUGGUUGCGGCGAAGGUGGAUGCGGUGCUUGCACCAUUGUUGUAAGCCAAUACAAUCCCACCACUAAGAAAAUCUACCACGCGAGUGUAAAUGCCUGCCUGGCGCCGCUUGUAAGUCUCGAUGGCAAACACGUCGUCACCAUUGAGGGUAUUGGCAACACCAAGAGUCCGCAUCCCACACAGGAACGAGUAGCAAAAUCUCAUGGGAGUCAAUGCGGGUUUUGCACGCCUGGGAUUGUCAUGAGCUUGUAUGCCUUGUUACGAAACAACUCGAACCCUACGCAGCAUGAGGUGGAAGAAGCCUUUGAUGGCAACCUGUGCCGUUGCACGGGGUAUAGGUCCAUCCUGGACGCAGCCAACACUUUCAGCGUCGAGAAUUCAUGCGGCAAGGCCAAAACCAAUGGUGGUGGUGGCGGCUGCUGUAUGGAGAAUGGGAAUGGCAAGCCUGAAGGAGGAUGCUGCAUGGACAAAAUGAACAAUGACCAGCCGAUCAAACGCUUUACGCCUCCAGGGUUUAUCGAGUACAAUCCUGAUACCGAGCUCAUCUUCCCCCCUUCUCUGAAGAAGCACGAACUACGGCCUCUCGCUUUUGGUAAUAAGAGGAAGAAGUGGUUUCGACCUGUUACUCUAGAGCAGCUUCUCCAGAUCAAGAGUGUGCACCCACAAGCCAAGAUUAUUGGAGGAAGUACCGAGACGCAGAUCGAGAUCAAGUUCAAAGCGUUGCAGUACCCAGUGUCGGUUUAUGUGGGCGACAUUCCCGAGCUGCGACAAUACGAGUUCAAGGAGGACCAUCUCGAAAUUGGUGGCAACGUUACCCUGACUGAUUUUGAGCAUAUUUGCGAGGAUGCUGUCAAACGAUAUGGACAGGAAAGGGCGCAAGUGUUCACGGGCAUACUCAAACAGUUGAAAUAUUUUGCUGGCAGGCAGAUCAGAAAUGUCGGAACUCCUGCUGGAAACCUGGCCACCGCUUCGCCCAUAUCUGAUUUAAACCCGGCGUUAUGGGGCGCCAAUGCAGUCUUGGUGGCCAAGUCAUUGGCUAAAGAGACGGAGAUUCCGCUGUCACAAUUCUUCACAGGCUACCGAAGGACGGCGCUUGCUCAAGACGCCAUCAUCGCAUCGCUUAGGAUUCCUGUUACUGCGGCCAAGGGAGAAUUCUACCGAACCUACAAACAGGCUAAGAGAAAAGACGACGACAUUGCCAUUGUCACUGCGGCGCUAAGAGUUAAGCUCGAUGACGACGGCGUUGUUACGGACUGUAAUCUCAUCUAUGGCGGCUUGGCUGCUAUGACUGUAUCGGCCAAGACUGCAUCAGAGUACCUAGUUGGGAAGCACCUUGCCCAGCUAGAGACGCUUGAGGGAACUAUGAGUGCUUUAGGAAACGAUUUUGAUCUUCAGUUUAGCGUUCCCGGCGGCAUGGCAUCGUAUCGAAAAGCGCUGGCACUCGGCUUCUUCUACCGCUUCUAUCACGAUGUCCUCGCUAUCCUUGGCGGGCAAAGCGAGCACGUUGAUACGCAAGCUGUUGAUGAAAUCGAGCGAUCUAUUUCGUUUGGACGAACUGAUCUAACCGCAGCAGCCGCAUACGAACAGGAGGUCACGGGCAAAUCGAAUACCCAUCUGGCCGCAUUGAAACAGACAACCGGUGAAGCGCAGUACACAGACGACAUCCCACCCCUGAGGAAUGAGUUGUAUGGAUGCUGGGUUUUGUCAACACGAGCACAUGCGAAGAUUAUAUCCAUCGAUUAUUCCACUGCUCUCGACAUGCCUGGCGUGGUCGACUAUGUGGACAGGCAAGAUGUGCCUUCCGACUCGGCUAAUAGGUUUGGAGCUCCCAAUUUCGAUGAACUUUUCUUUGCCGAAGGUGAAGUACAUACAGCCGGCCAGCCCAUUGCUAUGAUCCUCGCUACUUCGGCCUCCAAAGCCCAGGAAGCAGCCAGAGCUGUCAAGGUUGAGUACGAGGAUUUACCGGCUAUCUUGACGAUUGAAGAAGCCAUCCAGCACGACAGCUUCCAUCCAUUCUAUCGUGAAAUUAAAACAGGAGAUGUGGAAGAAGCUUUCAAGAACUGUGAUUAUGUCUUUACGGGAACUGCACGGAUGGGUGGCCAAGAGCACUUUUAUCUGGAAACCAAUGCAACACUGGUCGUCCCUAGCCCGGAAGAUGGAGCAAUGGAAAUCUUUUCCAGCACACAGAAUCCAAAUGAGGCACAAGCAUUUGCUGCUCGCAUCUGUGAUGUACCGGCAAACAAAGUUGUCGUCCGUGUAAAGAGAUUAGGCGGCGGCUUUGGUGGCAAAGAGACUCGAUCUAUCAUUCUCAGCUCUGCAGUGGCUCUUGCUGCCAAGAAGACCAAGAGACCAGUUCGCUGCAUGUUGACUCGAGAAGAAGAUAUGAUCACUAUGGGCCAGAGACACCCUUUCUUGGGCAAAUACAAGAUAGGUUUCACCAAGGACGGAAAGAUCCAGGCAUUUGAUGUCGACGUCUUCAACAAUGGUGGAUGGACCUUUGAUCUCAGCGCUGCUGUACUUGAGCGAGCAAUGACACAUGUUGACGGGUGCUACCGCAUCCCUAAUGCGUUUGUUAGGGGCCGUAUCUGCAGAACAAACACCGUCUCCAAUACGGCAUUCCGUGGCUUCGGUGGACCUCAGGGGAUGUUCAUCAUGGAGACUUGCAUGGAAGAAUGCGCAGACCGAUUGGGCAUCCCCAUUGACCGACUGCGAGAAAUCAACUUCUACGAGCCUCUUGGCCUGACGCACUUCAACCAGGCUGUCACGGAUUGGCAUGUCCCGCUCAUGUAUAAGCAGGUACAGGAAGAAGCAAACUAUGCAGAGCGCAAAGAUGCCGUAACCAAGUUCAAUGAGAGCCACAAGUGGCGCAAGAGGGGAAUGGCCCUCAUUCCUACCAAGUUUGGAAUCUCCUUCACGGCUCUUUUCCUUAACCAGGCGGGAGCCUUGGUACAUAUUUAUCACGAUGGCUCCAUCCUGGUGGCUCAUGGAGGCACUGAGAUGGGCCAAGGCCUUCACACUAAGAUGACCCAGAUUGCUGCACAAGCUCUACAGGUUCCUCUGGAUAACGUCUUCAUCUCAGAAACGGCCACAAACACGGUUGCCAAUGCUUCUUCAACAGCUGCGUCAGCUUCUUCUGACUUGAACGGAUAUGCCAUUUUCAACGCCUGCAAGCAGCUCAAUGAGCGACUAGCUCCUUAUAGAGAGAAGCUUGGCCCGCAGGCCACGAUGAAAGAGCUGGCUCAUGCUGCCUAUUUCGACCGCGUCAACUUGUCGGCCCAAGGCUUCUACAAGACCCCUGAGAUUGGGUACACAUGGGGAGAGAACAAGGGCAAGAUGUUCUUUUACUUUACACAAGGAGUGGCACUCUCCGAGGUAGAAAUCGACGUGCUAACCGGCACGUGGACCUGCCUCCGAUCAGAUAUAAAGAUGGACGUUGGCCAUUCGAUUAACCCGGCGAUCGAUUACGGCCAGAUCCAAGGCGCUUUCAUGCAAGGCCUAGGGCUCUUCACUAUGGAAGAGUCGCUGUGGCUACGAAACGGCGCCAUGGCCGGCAAUCUGUUCACGCGCGGCCCUGGAGCAUACAAGAUCCCUGGCUUCCGCGACAUCCCUCAGGAGUUUAACGUCACGCUCCUCAAGGACGUCGAAUGGAAAGAUCUGCGGACGAUCCAGCGCAGCAGAGGUGUGGGCGAGCCUCCACUAUUCAUGGGCAGCUCCGUAUUCUUUGCCAUUCGAGAUGCGCUCAAGGCUGCACGGAGAGACGCCGGUAUCGAAGCCAAGGUGGGAGAAGAUCAUGGCGAAGGGCUACUCAGGUUGGAAAGUCCUGCGACGCCCGAGAGGAUCAGAUUAAUGUGUGAGGAUGAGAUUAUGAGAAAGGCUCGCGUGACUCCCAAGGAGGGAGAGAAGAGCUUCUUUGUGGCGAUAUAAGUGCAUGUUGCAGUGCAUCAUAUCUGCAUAUGCACUCACUAUGUAGAUAUUAGCUGGGACGAUUUCUUUUGAUUGGCCCUUUUGUUUUCCCCUGCCCUUCUUGGCGUGCUCAUCGCUCGGCUAUGAUUCGAGGGCCAUUUUCGUCUCUACGUUAUGCCAAUCAUGUAUGUAGCGACCAUGUGAUAUUAGCGCUAGGAUUAUUGAUAUUAAAAAUCCGUUGUCUCUUG